AUGAAAUUCUUGUUAUACCUUUCAAUCUUCUCAGCUAGAGUUCUUAGCAAACCCGACAAAGUCACUUCACAAAAUACGGGUUGUCAUCGUUAUAUGCUUAACGAGUUUAAAUGUGUGCCCUCAGCUGAAAAAUCGAGGUGUCCUGGCCAUAACCAAACCAGUUGCAGGAGGAAACGGCGAAAUUAUGAUUCGAAGACUACCUUAGGUGUUUGUUUAUGGUCAGGUUCUGAUCCCGUUGAUGGAUCUAAAGCAUCUACUUCCGGAUGGUUAAAUGGGUACAUGAGAAUCUUUCUUUUUAAACCUUUGCCCCGUGUAGCUGACUUGAUUCCAUUUAACAUAAAAAGUGGUCUGAAAACAAACUGUGGCAAGUUUGUAUUUAUACAAAGAAAAGGGAAACCAGAAACUAUUAGAUAUGCAAAAGUGUUAGAUGGCUGUGCAUUUGAUACUAAAGAUCCCAAAGUUGGAUGUUUUCAAUUAUGGAUGACAACAGCUCUGUUUAAUGAGUUUAAGCCUUCAAAAGAAGAUUCAGCAAAAGGAAGUAUUUCAGACUCUUUCACUUGGGGAUUCCGAGCUGAGAGUAAAACUUGGCGAUGGGAAGUUUUGAUCACAAGUUCAACUUCGCCUACGGUGCGGUUCAGUACGAAUGCAAUUCCUUCGGCUUUUUCAUCUUUGAUGAACCAGACACGAGGUAAAGAGGCGGUGAAAACCAGCCUCGAGUCGACUAUUGGUUCUUCCCCACCACCUUUAGCUGAAGCGAAGCGAGUGCGGCUUUGGAACCAAGACGUGCUUAGUAAAAGUGUUAAUAUUGCUUCACAAGAUACGGGUUGUUAUCGUUAUAUGCUUGAAAAUUACCAAUGUGUUCCGUCAGCCGAUAAAGAUAGAUGUCCUGUGGCUGAGUUUGAAACAGACAAAGUAACAAAGUUUCCUGGAUUAGGAUACAAUACAACAAUACCUGUUAAACCUGUUGCAGGAGGAAAUGGCAUUUGUGGAAAUUAUGAUUCCAAAACUACCUUAGGUGUCUGUUUAUGGUCAGGUUCCGAUGCCGUUGAUGGAUCUAAAGCAUCUACUUCCGGAUGGUUAAAUGGGUACAUGAGAAUCUUUCUUUCUAAACCUCUGUCCCUUGUAGCUAAUUUGAUUCAAUUUAACAUAAAAAGUGGUCUGAAAACAAACUGUGGGAAAGACAGGAUUAGAAGAAGUCGAAACAAGCAAAAUAACAAGGAAACUUUCUUUUUUCGUCAAGCCAAUCUGGUGGCAAAUGGAAGUUGA